AUGGCGACAUGUCAGACCUCCUAUCCAAACACCUCUCCAUUGGCCACUAGCUCCGCCCCCGACACUUCUAGCUUCGUCAACAUCACCAAUCUCAAAGGCAGUAAGGUCGGCUUUGGAGCCGAAUCCAACCAUGGCAAGGUCAUGGCAUCCACUGAAGACAAAGCCCCCACUCCGGGCCCCAGCCAACUAAACCUCACAUCUCUAAUGUCAAAGCAAGGUUGUAAGGUUUUCACAGAUAUGCUAGUGGCUUCCGAAGCUGAGCAAACAUUUGACAACAACAUUGAAGGAGGGUUAACAGUGUUCUGCCCCACUAACCAGGUGUUUAAGGACUUCAUGCCCAAAUACAAGAACCUAACAAUAGAUGGAAAGAAUUUGUUGUUAUUGUAUCACGGAAUUCCUGUUUACCAUUCCAUGGAAAUGUUGAGGUCGAACAACGGAGUUGUGAACACGUUAGCAAUAGAUGGUGCCAAUAAGUAUGAUUCCACAAUUCAGAACAACGCACGAGUUGGUAAAAUUGGAGAAGAUCGUGACAGCCAAGAUAACGAGGAUGUUCACGAUUGA